AUGAAGCCUCUCGCCGCUCUGCUCGUCUCCAGCCUCCACAUCCAUUGCCUUUGCCUACUACUCCGGGGAGCACAUGCCACGGCGCCGGCGCCGGGAGCCCACCACAAGUACAACGCGACGGUGUACAACGCCUCGGCAGCGCGGUGCGCGGACUGCGACGGCGGGGGAGACGGCGCCGCGGCCGGCGCGGCGCUGGGCGGCCUCGGCGCGUGGGCGGAGGCGGCGGAGUUCCUCUACUACCACAACGCGGUGCGGAUGGCGCGGUGGGAGCUGCCGCUGGCGUGGUCGCCGCGGCUGGAGUCGUACGCGCGGUCGUGGGCGUCGCAGCGCCGGGCGGACUGCGCGCUGCGGCACUCGUUCCCGGAGGGCCAGUUCGCGCUGGGCGAGAACAUCUUCUGGGGCGGCGCCGGCGCGGCGUGGCGGCCCGGGGACGCCGUCAAGGACUGGGCGGCGGAGGGCGUGGACUACUCGUACGCCGCCAACGCGUGCGCGCCCGGCCGGGAGUGCGGCCACUACACGCAGAUCGUGUGGCGCCGCACCGCCUACGUCGGCUGCGCGCGCGUCGUCUGCGACGACGGCGGCGUCUUCAUCACCUGCAACUACUACCCGCCGGGGAACGUCGUCGGGGAGCGGCCCUACUGA